GCUGAGGGAGGGGGAGAGAAGUAAAAGUUUAUCAUUUUCAUAAAUUCAUAACGAUGGUCAAGUCUCAAUUAAACAACAUAAAACGUUUAAUGAAAACGUUUUACAAUAGUCAUUUACCCGAACAGUGAUUAAUGCGUCUUCAUUUAAAACACAAAAGACCGGGCGCCUUGGACGCUCGAGACUGCUUCAUUAUAAUUAAUGUCUCCGGUUCCUCGUGCACCCGGAGGUCGCGAAUAGCUCCGUCCCGCGCCCACUGAUCUCUGAAGAUCUGACACGAGAGGGAUCUCGCCGGCUAUUGCAACCUGACAAGAUCUGUAAUACUUGGGUGAUGAAUCGUUCCAAACUUUUUUGACGAUGCUGGCAGCUCGGGGCUGUGCGCAUGUGCGAAGGUGUCCAAACUGACAAUGCUGGAGAGAUAGUGCGUCUGGGAUUGAGAAUCACAGAGAAAAAGGACAGAGGAAAAAAGAAAAAGGAGGAAAAGAUUCGAGAAAAAAUCCGACGAACCCACGCCGAAAGACGGGCAUCAUGAGGUCCAAAGGCAGGGCAAGGAAACUGACCACUGGAGAUGGAGAGGACUUUUCUGUUUUUGCCUCUGAUGACCUGGAAGAAAUUGGUGGAGUGUCUGAUGCAGAUCUGCUCCCAUUGGCCCCUGUUGAUGAUCUUCCCUCUCCCGGCCUAUCGGGUGAUGCGGUUUCCCCAGUCACCCCUUCUCCCUACUACCCAUCGUUCCACACUUCAAUGUACCAACCCAACGAUGCGGUCGAAGCGGUUCCCCCAGACUUUGAGCUCCGUGAGUCUGCCGCUUUCAGAGGAAACCUGGGUGUCUGGACCCGCAGGAGACUGGAGGUGGGAGAACGUCUGGGACCCGAUGAGGGAACGUCAAGACACAGCCUGGAAAACGCCACCCAGGGAUGGGAGGGUGAACAGGCAGGUUUGGAUGGGAGCGUGUGUGAUAGCAGGAGCUGGCUAAGGCACGUCCAGAUCUCACCAUCCACCCACCAACACAACCUCACAGCCUGCCAGAUACAUGAGCAGAGGAGCGCCAGUACCGCUGUGAGGACUGUGACCUGAACUUUGAGUCUGGUUCGGAGCUGUUGGACCAUCAGAAACACGCGUGCGGGACUCCUCCAUCCUCUGGCUUCAAGUUGUCUAAGCAGGGUUUGCCCAGCGCAGACGAUGACACUGAUCUAGAGCCACUUCACCUGCACACUCUUCCUCCAAACUUGCCACGCUCACCACAGGAGUGCAAAGAGUGCGAGCAGGUCUUUCCUGAUGCCCAGAGUUUGGACACUCACUCUCUGUCUCACUCGGACGAGCGGGAGUACAAGUGCGAUCAGUGCCCGAAGGCCUUCAACUGGAAAUCCAACCUGAUUCGCCACCAGAUGUCACAUGACAGCGGCAAGCACUAUGAAUGUGAAAACUGCUCAAAGGUGUUCACAGACCCCAGUAACUUGCAGAGGCAUAUCCGCUCUCAGCACGUAGGGGCGCGAGCUCACGCCUGCCCCGACUGCGGAAAGACCUUCGCCACCUCUUCAGGCCUUAAACAACACAAACACAUCCACUCUUCCGUCAAGCCCUUCAUAUGUGAGGUCUGCCACAAAUCUUACACGCAGUUCUCCAAUCUCUGCCGCCACAAGCGCAUGCACGCGGACUGUCGUACUCAGAUCAAAUGCAAAGACUGUGGGCAGAUGUUUAGCACCACAUCAUCCCUAAACAAGCAUCGGCGCUUCUGUGAGGGUAAAAAUCAUUUCGCUGCUGCCGCUGGAGGGUUGUUUGCGCAGGGCAUGGCCCUCCCUGGCAACCCUGGCCUGGACAAGUCCGCACUGGCUGGAAUGAGCCAUGGGAGUCCUGGUUUAGCAGACUAUUUUGGGACAAACCGGCAUCAUAGUGGGCUGACGUUCCCAGCAGCCCCUCCGGCAUUCCCAUUCAGUUUUCCAGGACUUUUCCCAUCAGGACUUUACCAUCGGCCCCCUCUAAUCCCAUCCACAUCGCCCAUUAAUGGCCCUCCGAGCACUGAACUACGAAAGAGUCCACUGCUGUCCUCACCCAUUUCUGGCUCACAUGAGCUCUUGAAGAGCUUACGCAAGGAUUCAUUCAACGGGGAAAGCGAGAAUAUGGAGCGUCAGAGAGAAGGAUCCAUCUCUAAGCCAAGGCAUGGCGGGAAGAUGAGCGACCAAUCGGAGAGUAGCGAUCUGGAUGAUGUCAGCACUCCCAGCGGGAGUGAGUUGGAGAGCACUUCAGGUUCAGAGCUGGACAGUGAAGUGGAAAGUGACCGGGAACGGGUGCGAGUGCGGGAGAACGGAAAAGGACCAAAAAGGAAGUCCAGCGGGUUCAAUGAUGCCCAGAGUCCAACUCUUGUUAGCUCCAGUAGUAGUAGCAACACUAAUAAUGUCAAAGACUUCCCUGCGCCAGGGCUCCUACCGCCAUCUCUAGAUGAGCAAACAGCCGUUUCUGGUGCUGUUAAUGACUCGAUUAAGGCUAUUGCCUCCAUUGCUGAGAAAUAUUUUGGUUCUACUGGACUUGCAGGCCUGCAAGAUAAAAAAGUUGGGGCAUUGCCCUACCCUUCCAUGUUCCCACUGUCUUUUUUUCCAGCCUUUUCUCCAUCCGUCUAUCCAUUCCCUGAAAGGGAGCAACUUAGACCUCCAGGCCACAAAGGGGAACCAGAAAGCCCUCCGGUUGAGAGUAAAAAGCCUCAGGGCAGAAAUGCUGAAUCACCUUUUGACCUCACCACAAAGCGGAAAGAAGAGCGACUUGCUGCCACCUGCGCCCCUGUAAAACCAGAAGCCUCACACGUACAAUCAACCAACCAGGAUCAGCCGCUGGACCUAAGUCUUGGCAGACGAAACCGAGGAAAGAGUGAACGAGGGGAGGAGAUAAAAAAGAGCUCCGCCUUUAGUGAGGAGAGGGUGGAACCUGAGCCACCCAAGACUGACCCAUCCCUUCAACAUGCAAGACCUAUGCCGUUCUUCAUGGACCCCAUUUACAGGGUUGAGAAGAGAAAGAUGAAUGAUCCUUUCGAAGUCCUCAAGGACAAAUACAUGCGGCCGGCUCCUGGAUUUCUCUUCCAUCCACAGUUUCGCAUGCCUGAUCAAAGAACAUGGAUGUCGGCGAUUGAAAACAUGGCUGAAAAGCUGGAAUCCUUCAGCUCUUUGAAGCCAGACGGCGGUGACAUCAUGCGUUCUGUUCCCUCCAUGUUCGACUUCCGGGCUCCACCCACUACACUUCCCGAAACACUGUUACGCAAAGGCAAAGAGCGCUACACCUGCAGAUACUGUGGUAAGAUCCCACGCUCGGCCAACCUUACAAGACAUCUACGGACACACACAGGGGAGCAGCCUUACAGAUGUAAGUAUUGCGAUCGCUCGUUCAGCAUUUCGUCGAAUCUUCAGCGCCACAUCAGGAACAUCCACAACAAAGAGAAACCCUUCAAAUGCCACCUGUGCGACCGCUGCUUCGGGCAACAGACCAACCUGGAUCGGCAUCUCAAAAAACACGAGAAUGGUAAUUUAGCAGGCACAGCAAUGUCAUCACCUCGUUCAGAGCUGGACAGCAGCAGUGCCAUCUUGGAGGACAAGGAAGACUCGUAUUUUAAUGAAAUACGAAAUUUCAUCAGUAAUACGGCUCGAAAUGCCACGUCUCCAUCCCAGUCUGAGGAAGGGCUGAACGGGAGUCAUUUUGAUGGAGAUAAAGCUCUGUCCGGUCAGGGGUCACGUGACCUUGAUGAAGAGGAGGGGGAGGAGCUUGGAGCAGAGGAAGAGGAGGCGGAGCAUAACGACGGUGCUAGGAAAGCGGGCGAUGACGGAGUGCCAAGCAAUCUGGAUCAAGACAUCAUAAAUGACGACAUGGAUUUUGAGGGACAGGAGGAUCUAGAGAUGAACAGUAAAUCUUCACCGCAAAGGUUUGAUGAGGAUGACGAAGAUCAGAGCAGCUUCUCCACGCUGGAUCACAUCCGUCACUUUAGUAUGGAGGAUGGGGAUCUCAGCGACGGGGAUGUCAGCAGCUUUGGUCCCGCCCACCUGCAAGAGGGCAUCAAGCAGCCUCUCUACAGGAAGUCAAAGUCGCAGGCAUAUGCUAUGAUGCUGUCUCUAGCCGAUAAGGAUCCACUUCAUUCGUCUACCCAUAAUGCCCCAAUGUGGCACAGUUUGGCCCGUGCUGCAGAACCCAGCGCCAUUCAAUCUCUCAGUCACGUAUGACACCCUGA